GCCCCGCCCCCGGACGCAGAGAAAGCGCCGCGACAUUUCCGGCAGGAGUGCGAGUCCUCGCUCGUCGGCGAGUGUAGACGUUCGGGAAGGAGGUGCAGGCCUGGUGUGAUCUUCCAUUUGGACAGAGUGAAAGAGAACAAUGCAGAAGGACUCUGGCCCACUAGUGCCUUUACAUUGGAUCGGCUUUGGCUAUGCAGCACUGGUUGCUUCCGGCGGGAUCAUUGGCUAUGCAAGAGCAGGCAGCGUCCCGUCCCUGGCUGCCGGGCUCCUCUUCGGUGGAUUAGCAGGCCUCGGUGCCUACCAGCUGUCCCAGGAUCCAAGGAACAUUUGGGUUUUCUUAGCGAACAACCUCACCGUCUUCUUGAAGGAAAGACAGCAGCCGUCCCGUGGAGACUCCCUCAAGCCAUCGGCCUCUAAGCCUUCCCCUGUCACCGUUUCUCGUCUCCAAGGCUGGUCCCUCCACCAGGCUUUGAGUCCCUCCUGCUUCACCACCUCCGCAGCUUCCCACCGUCAGCGAGGCCGGCUCUUCCUCGUGUCCCGCCCCUCGUUGAUGCUCUGUUACAUCUGGAACCUUGGCUGCCAUUAUGGGAAUGAGAUUCUACCACUCUGGAAAAUUUAUGCCUGCAGGCUUAAUUGCAGGUGCCAGUUUGCUGAUGGUCGCCAAAGUUGGAAUUAGUGCGUUGGGUAAACCCCAUCAGUAGUAGCCAUGGCCCAGCUUGGACUCAUGAAGAAUUUUAAAAUGUUCACUAUUUUUAGCAUAUUAAGAUAAAUAAGUACAGCAUUUUCACAUAUUCUGACAUUUUACUUAAAACAAAAAACAAA